GUGCGCCGGAGCCUGUGGCGUCAAUGCGGCCGCCGUGUCCAUGGAGAGAGGCUGAGGUGGCCGAGCUCCGGUCCGAGGUACCCGGGCGCCGGGACAGCGAAGAUGUCGGCUUCGUUAGUCCGGGCCACUGUCCGGGCUGUGAGCAAGAGGAAGCUGCAGCCCACCCGGGCCGCCCUCACCCUGACCCCUUCAGCAGUAAACAAGAUAAAACAGCUACUUAAAGAUAAGCCUGAACACGUAGGUCUCAAAGUUGGUGUCCGAACCAGGGGUUGUAAUGGCCUUUCUUAUACUCUAGAAUAUACAAAGACAAAAGGAGAUUCUGAUGAAGAAGUUGUUCAAGAUGGAGUCAGAGUGUUCAUCGAAAAGAAAGCACAGCUAACACUUUUAGGAACAGAAAUGGACUAUGUUGAAGAUAAAUUAUCCAGUGAGUUUGUUUUCAAUAACCCAAACAUCAAAGGAACGUGUGGCUGUGGAGAAAGCUUUAAUAUUUGACUACUCUGGCUGUAAGCUCCAGGAAAACUCAUGGAAGUCCUUGGGCUUACUGAAGAAAUCAUGUGACUGUCACGUGCUUAAAGUUUAUAAUGUAUGACUGCCUUAUGAGGAAAAUAAAAUGAUGCAUUUUGAAAGUGAA